ACUACACAGCCGUUUUCCAUCUCUUUCCGCCCGACGAAUCCAGAACACAACCUAGCGGCUCUCUCCCCCUCCCAAUUCUCCCCCCUUCCUCUCGCUCUCUCGGCAGCGACAGCCGCGGCCAAAACCCUAGAUCUCCCUCCCGCUUAAACCCUCCAGCAAGCUCGGGAGGAUGGCGGAGGCGUCCAAGGUGAUCCACAUCCGGAACGUCGGCCAGGAGAUCGCCGAGGCCGAUCUGCUCCAGCUGAUGCAGCCGUUCGGCACGGUGUCCAAGGUCGUUAUGCUGCGUGCCAAGAAUCAGGCUCUUCUCCAGAUGCAAGACAUCCACUCCUCCGUGAGCGCCCUGCAGUACUACAGUACUGUCCAACCUAGCGUAAGAGGAAGGAAUGUUUACAUACAAUUUUCAUCCCACCAAGAACUUACCACUGACCAGAGCUCUCAUGGACGGAAUUCUGAUCAGGACUCAGAACCCAACCGAAUCCUUUUAGCUACCAUUCACCACAUGAUGUAUCCUAUAACGGUGGAGGUCUUACAUCAAGUUUUCAAAGCAUAUGGAUUUGUGGAGAAGAUUGUCACAUUUCAGAAGUCAGCUGGUUUCCAAGCCCUCGUCCAGUAUCAAUCACGUCAAGAAGCUGUGGAAGCAUUUGGUGCUUUGCAUGGAAGGAACAUCUAUGAUGGUUGCUGCCAGCUAGACAUCCAAUAUUCCAAUCUCAGCGAACUGCAAGUCCAUUUCAACAAUGAUCGGUCUAGGGAUUUCACAAAUCCAUCAUUGCCCACAGAACAACGUCCAAGGCCCUCUCAGCAAGGUUUUCCAGAUCCUGGCGGUCUUUAUGCCUUCCAACAACCUGGAGCUCCGUUUGCACAGAUGGGAAGAGCCGCAAUGAUUGCAGCUGCAUUUGGUGGAUCUUUACCGCCUGGAGUUAGUGGUACCAACGAACGGUGCACACUGAUAGUCAGUAAUUUAAACACCGAGCAAACCAAUGAGGAUACGCUCUUCAAUCUCUUCUCUUUAUAUGGAAACAUAGUUCGAAUCAAGGUACUACGCAACAAACCAGAUCAUGCCCUUGUAGAAAUGGCUGAUGGGUUUCAGUCUGAGCUGGCUGUCCAUUAUCUAAAGGUGUGUGCAUUUUCUCUAGUACCAAUCUAUGAGGUUUCUCUGUUCCAUUUUGUAUGUAAUAUAUCCCUGUUAUUGUUAUUCGUACAUUGUAUAAUUGCUUCAUUUAACAUUUGGGAUGCCAUUUUGUCCAUUUUUUGCCUGCAGGGUGCAAUGCUAUUUGGGAACAAGCUGGAAGUUAACUACUCAAAGUACCCCACUAUAACACCUUCCGCCGACGCGCAUGAAUACACCAAUUCAAGCCUUAACAGGUUUAAUAGCAAUGUGGUCAAGAACUACCGACAUUGUUGUGCUCCAACAAAGAUGAUCCACAUUUCUGCCCUCUCCCAAGACAUCUCUGAGGACGCAAUCCUUACUCACGUGUCUGAGCACGGUUCUGUUGUCGGCACAAAGCUAUUCGAGGUGAACGGCAAGAGGCAGGCACUCGUCUUGUUUGAAUCUGAAGAGGAAGCAACCGAGGCCCUUGUGUCAAAGCAUGCCAGCUCACUGGAGGGGAACACCAUCCGGAUUUCGUUUUCCCAGAUGCAGAGUUUAUAGGAAGCUCUGAGGCCUUGGCUGCUAAUCGGUUCUCGCUUCAUGUUCUUCUUUAAGGAAGCUCUGAGCCUUAAGAUGUGUAUUCUGUGCUGUUCUCCGGACUGUUUGCUUUGUCUUUGCUGUACCGUCUGUGACCAACGUUUUCGACGGUUUUUGUUCCUUUUCUCUGUCUGGUUUAAGGUAACCAAAGAAUUUUAUUGCGUGCUGUGCUAGUAGUAUGAGUUAUGAGUGAAAAGAAAUCAGGAAAAAAAAAGAGGAAAAUUU